CAGAAACCGCGUUGAAACGAAUCGUGGCCAUGGAGAGCCGGGAGCCGGAGGUGCUGCGGUGUCGAGAGAAGAAGAAGGAGGUACAUUUGCAGGUAGCAGACGCCCCCGGCGACGCGACGGUGCGCCGACGCCGAACGACACCACUACAGCCCGUCGUCAACAAUUAUGCGGCGGCGUUCUCGGCCCAAGCCAAGGUCGAGCGCAUCCAAAACCACAAACUCAACCUCCUCCGUGCGUUCGAGCUGAUUGAAAAGCAACGACCCGAGAGUGUCAAGGCGACCAAGAGUAUGCCCAAGCUGCGAACGCUGCACCGGACGACAUCGAUGCAUACCGCCGCACCUGUCUUUGACCUGUCCGAGCUCAUGGCGUACGCCGACAUAUCGCCGCCCAAGCCCACGACCGAGCGACUACGCACAUCGUCGCGCAAGGUCGUCGGCGCGCUUGCGAAACUCGACCGGCCGCAGUCGGCGACAGCGCUGACGCCUCCAAAGGCAGCCCGCUGCAAACGACCGCAGUCGGCGACGGACCGGGUCCAACGCCAGGUUGAGAGCCAAGUCCAGCGGGUCUUGAACCGGUACUAUGCCAAGUUUCAGCCGCAUCUGCCGGUCGUCAAGACGUGGGCCGUGCCGCUCAGCGACCACCGCGCGCCAACGCCGUGCGAUGAAGGCAAUUCGAGUGGUUUGCCGCAUUUCCACCUGAAUUUCCGUGGAUUGCCAUUGCGCAACGGUGGCAUUCCUGGGUUUAAUGUGCGGACGACUCCGAGCACGUUUGCGCUGCGGACGUUUGUGCCGCGCAUGCUCGUUUCGGUCGACUUGGCCGGCACGCAGCUGAGUGAUGCAGGGUGCUACGCCGUGGCCACACAACUUAUCCACGAACCGUCGAUCACGAGCCUUGACGUACGGUCCAACGCACUCACACUCGAUGGCAUCCACGUCCUCCUUGACGCCGUGCAGUGUCGGGCCAUGUACCACGCCCUCAACCACCGACUCGCACCGGUCACGACGCUCCUUUUGGCCAACGCCGGCGUCGACAUGGACAAGGUUCAGAGUCUCGUGGCUGCUGCCAACCUCUCGGUGGUCGUCGUUGCGCCGGACGACGUCGACUGCGCCGCGCUCGGGGUCGAGCAUCUUCUGCGCGACCAAACACAAAAGGACGGCAUCGGCACCUCGGUGGCAGUUCCAAACGAGACACCCGUGCCACCACCAGCGCUCCGACUGCAGCGCCUGCCGUCGUACCACGCCGUCGCGGAGCCCACGGCCGCGACCGAGUACAUCCGUGCGACCAAGCUGCUCCCUACGCAAGUGCUCUGCACGCCGUUGACAGAGACACGGCAGCCUCGCCGAGUCACCGACUUGACGUCGUCCGUCACACAUCCUCACGGUCCGCCGUCGGCAAGCUCCGACGAGAGGCCCGAGGAAAAUGUGACAUCCGAAAAGUCGACGAGGAAGGUCCGUCUUGGAACGUACUUGGACCACCUCGAAGCCUCGGUGCACCAGCUGUGCACCGCGUCCCCCAAACAUCAUUUGGCGCGUGCUGACGUGGACGCUGCCCCCGCGCUCGCCCACCAAGUUGCUUUCAGCGCCGCCCACACGGCACUCUACCGCUUGUAUCGUCAACCACCCGUCUCGGUACCUACGAUCCCACGUCUCGAUCUCGGCGUCCAAACGUCGUCGCAUCCGUCGGCGGCCCCAUGGCGACCGGAACACAUGACGGUGGUCGGAUCCGUAGCGCAGCAGGUUGCGGCGGCAAGUCUCCAAUGGGCGCUCUUUAGUCCUGCGCCGUCGUAGGUAUUCGUUGCAUGGACAAGAACAACGUGUAAAUAAGAAAGG